AAAUUCGAAAUCCUAUUGUGCUGGAUUACCCUUGUAAACUAAUUUUAUUUAACGUUCAAGUGCUUUACUUCAUAUUACUUUCACCAAACUAGAUUUAUUCGAUGCAAGAAUAUCAAAGUGCAGAAUACAAAUAGAAAAACAGAAAAUAAAAAGUUUCGAUGUACAUGCUUUUCAUCUAAAGUAAAAUGUCGAUAAUUUUCAUCAUCCUCGAGUUCUCAGCCUUACUAUGGUUCGCUCAGGCGACAAUUUUGCCAGCGCGAAUACUGCAGGACCUGAAGAACCGCACGAACAGCUCAAUGAUCCGAUACCAAGAGCAAGAGCGGAUCAUCAUGGAUUCGGACGCGCGCCUUAGUCGAAACUCUCCUGCCUGGUACCUAGCAGCCUCACACGAGAUGGUACCCGCAGCCAAGAACCUUACCGAAAAAGCCCUUAGGAGGGAAACAAUGGCUGUUAUGUUGGUCGAGGCACUGCACAUGUCAGCCAAGGAUGCCCUGUCAAUUUUACCCUCCGUUGGCACGAGUUUGGUGAGCAUCUGUUCAGGUGACUACCUGCGCAUAAUAAGCGAUUGCAAGAAAACGGAGCCGCGUUAUCGAACUCACACUGGUCGCUGCAAUAAUCCCUUUUAUCCGGCACGUGGUGCUGCUCUAGAGGCGUAUUCGCGAAUCCUGCUCGCCGAUUACGCUGACGGCGUGUCCUUGCCGGCACCAGGACUACCGAGCGCUCGAGCCGUUAGCACUGCGAUGCACUCGGGUGGUCCGGACCUUAGUAUGUUUAUGUUGUUUCAAAUUUAUUAUUCUCGUGCCAGGCAUCCGCAUCUCAUGGCCUUAACAGCACUUUUUGGUGAGUUCGUUGCCCACGAUUUGGCUCACACCCCACGUAUGAAUCUGCCUAACGGUGAUCGACUCCGAUGCUGCGACGUCGAGUUCGAACACUUUCAUCCGGAGUGCUUUCCAAUCAGAGCCGAGGACGAAGUUGGCGGCUGCAUGGAGUAUGCCAGGUCUGCGCCACAUCCAGGAAAUGCGCACCAGGGUUGCAGGCUUGGAUCGCGCCAGCAGAUAAACCAGGCGACGUCCUACAUCGACCUCUCACCGCUUUACGGUAGCUCCGAGGAGACGGCGCAAUUGCUCAGAUCGGCCAAGGGCGGACUCCUUAACACGCAGCGCCGAAAUCUGCCAAUGGCAUCCCGAGACCCCCGUACCUGCAGACUCGAGAGCCGCGCCUUCCCUUGCUUCCUCAGCGGCGACUCCCGGAUCAACGAAAAUCCUGGCCUGGCGCUUAUGCAUCUACUCUUUCUCAGAGAGCAUAAUCGUAUCGCUGAAAAUCUUCAGCUUCUCAAUCCCCACUGGAGCGACGAGAGACUUUAUCAAGAGUCACGAAAAAUUAAUAUCGCCGAGAUGCAGCACAUAACUUAUGGAGAAUUUUUGCCCGUCGUUUUGGGCGAAGCUGCUCUUAACGACUACGAUCUGCGUCUGGGUCAGCGAGGCUACUUUCAAGGCUACGACUUCAGGGUAGACGCGACGAUAAGCAAUGCGGCGGCCUCGGCGGGACUCUUCUUCGUAGCCGCGUUGACACCCAAAACCCUCGACCUCAUUGACACGCAAUCGGAGCAUAAAUCCGGAGAGAGGUCGUUAUUGUCGGCAUUUUACGCGCCUCAGGAAUUGUAUGAAGCCGGCGCUAUAGAUCGGCUUAUUGCCGGCGCCACCGCUGGACACUCGCGCAACCCAUUACCGCCAAGCUUAAACGAGGUCUUGGUCGAGCGCUACUUCCACGAUGGGAAGACACGCGAGACACCCGUGGACUAUGCAGCUCAAAUUAUUCAACAAGGUCGCGAUCACGGACUCCCGGCGUACAUUCACUGGCGCAGUGUCUGCAACCUUCAAGAGGUCCAGAGCUUUAAGGACCUGGAGGGCACGGUCGCACGCGAUGUCAUUAGUCGUUUGCAGGGAAUUUACAGAAAAGUAGAGGAAAUUGAUCUUGUAACGGGUGCACUGUCCGAGACACCACUAUCUGGAUCUGUUUUAGGACCGACAUUCAUUUGUCUCCUUGGAAGGACAUUUCACAAUGCACGCUUUGGUGACAGGUAUUGGUAUGAAAAUGGAAAAACACCAGGCACCUUCACUCCCGAGCAGCUGCAAGAAAUUCGCAAAACAACAAUGGCAAGAAUACUAUGCGAUAACGGAGAUCGGCUCAAACACGUUCAGCCUCGAGCUUUCAUCCUGAAAGAUAAGUUCCUAAAUAACAUGGAGAACUGUUCGAUGUAUCAGCAUCACGAAAUAAAUUUACUCUUCUGGAAGGAAAAUCCAACGAAAUCUUAGCUUAUAAUCAUCAUUCCUAACCACCAUAGAAGGUCAUUAAUCAACUUGCUUGAUCUGGCUUGUCCUCUACGAGAGCAGCAUAGUAAAAUAUCAAUUUUCAAGAGCGU